UUAGCUCUCAGUCUGACUCCACACUACUCGCACUGUCACUCGGCUCACUCGAACACGUACGCACGCGCUCACGCUUGAUCGGACAGCAUGAGCUCGUUGGCACCUCAGCUGAAGCAGCUCAAGCCGCUGUACCAACACGUGGUGAACAACUUCGUCGCCGUGCUCGCCGCGACGCUCGCCGUCGCGGCCCUCGUCAAUGCGGCUCGAGUCGGGCCGGAGGAGCUGCUCGGAAGGCUGCAGGCGCUUCGGGCGGUGCACGUAUUUCUUGCCGCAUUCGUCCCCGCCGCCGCGGCAACAUUCUACCUCAUGCUGCGGCCCCGGUCCGUGUACCUCGUCGACUACGCCUGCUUCCGCACGACGCCCAACUGCCGCGUUCCCUUCGCCACCUUCCUCGAGCACGCCAAGGUCGUGACGUUCGUCGAGGGGGCCUCCAUCGACGAACGCAGCGUCCGGUUCAUGACGCGCCUGCUCGAGCGCUCGGGCCUCGGGGAGGAGACCUGCCUGCCCCCCGCGCACCACUACAUACCGCCGUACCGGAACCUAGAGGCCUCGCGCGCGGAGGUGGAGCUCGUCAUCUUCUCGGCCAUCGACGACCUGCUCGCCAAGACGGGCAUCAGCCCCGGCGCCAUCGACGUCCUCAUCGUCAACUGCAGCCUCUUCGCGCCCAUCCCGUCCUUCACGGACAUGAUCAUCAACAAGUACAAGAUGCGCAAGGACAUCCGCAACGUGCACCUCUCCGGGAUGGGGUGCAGCGCCGGGCUCAUCUCCGUGGGGCUGGCGCGCAACUUCCUACAGGUGGCGCCCCGGGGCGCGCACGCUCUGGUGGUGUCCACGGAGACCAUCACGCCCAACUACUACGUGGGCAAGGAGCGGGCCAUGCUCCUUCCCAACUGCCUCUUCCGCAUGGGCGGCGCUGCCGUGCUGCUGUCCACGUCCCGCGCCAAGGCUCGGUUCCGCCUCGCCCGCGUGGUGCGGACGCUGACGGGCGCCCAGGACAGCGCGUACCGGUGCGUGUUCCAGGAGGAGGACGGCGAGGGCCACCGCGGGAUCAACCUCUCCAAGGACCUGAUGACCAUCGCCGGCGACGCGCUCAAGGCCAACAUCACCGCCAUCGGGCCCCUGGUGCUCCCGACCUCCGAGCAGCUCCUGUUCGCGCUGUCCUUCAUCGCGCGGCGGGUGCUGAACCGGCGGGUGAAGCCGUACCUCCCCGACUUCCGCAUGGCGUUCGAGCACUUCUGCAUCCACGCGGGCGGGCGAGCGGUGAUCGACGAGCUGCAGCGCAGCCUGGGGCUGUCGGACGAGGACGUGGAGGCAUCCCGGAUGGCGCUGCACCGGUUCGGCAACACGUCAAGCAGCUCGGUGUGGUACGAGCUGGCGUACAUCGAGGCCAAGGGCCGCAUGAGCCGCGGCGACCGCGUGUGGAUGAUCGGGUUCGGCUCCGGGUUCAAGUGCAACAGCGCAGCGUGGGAGUGCAUCGCGCCCGCCCGCACCGCCGAGGGGCCCUGGGCAGAAAGCGUCUGCCGCUACCCCGUCGACAUCCCCGAGGUGCUCAAGCACUAGCUACCGCCGCCGGCCGCCUGAUUUGCACGCGAUCGAUCUCUCUCAUAUCGACCCGUUUCCAUUCUCCGUCCCACGCUUAUGUUCCCUAAACCUGGUUGGAUCGACCGCGUACGUGCCCGUAACGAGGAGGCUGACGUGACAGUGCAUGUUGUGGUGGUGAGCUGGGCCGGGCUGCGUGACUGCAUGCGUGGUGGCCGCGUUAAUUGCUGAGUCUGACGCGUGCAUGUGUGCGGUGCAGCCAAGCCCAGACCGGUCGUUGUGUGCGAGUACACCCGGUUAAAUCCCGGCCAUUUACGCACAUAUGGUACUCGUGGACCUCUCGAUCGUGUACCUGUUUCUUAUUUUUUUUUACUCUCUUUUAAUUUUCCCCAUUUGUUUCGGCCACUAGUAAUUUAGUGUUGUCUCCAUUUAAAACAAGGGAAAUGUACUGCGAGUUGGAUCGAUUACAUUAUAGCAUUGUACCUUAAUAAUUUAUGAAGAGAAGUUACUACUG